UUUUGGUUGGGUUGGCUGGUAAACCACAAACAAACGUUGGAGCUGACCUUGAAGCCUUCUAGAAGACAAAGGGAAUCAGAGCUAAACAUAACCAAAGGGAUCACUAGCUUCUCUUCCUCUCUCUCUCUUUGUUUUUAAGAUAGAUCAUGCGUUUGACUCUAGUACAAGUGUAGUGCCGCUACCGAAUUCUCGCUGUCCUCCUCGCAGCCAUUUUUAUACGCCAACCUCCUCUUCUCUUCUCUUCUCCAAGAAACCACAGCCAGGCUAGCUUAGCGCGCGCCAUGGCCGGAGGAGACGGCGCCACCUACAAGGGCGGCAUCAAGGCCUACUGGAAGCGCCGGGGCUACGGCCGGCUCGAUCCCGCCUCCUCCGCGCACCGCCGCCCGCGCCUCCCCACCGCGGAGCUCGGCGACGGCCGCGGCGCGGCAGGAGGAGCGGGGCGGUGGCGGCGAGGGUGGCGAGUACGCCGCCGCGGGCUCGGGCGGCGGAUCCUGCGGGCGCUCUCGCCGCGGCGGCUGCUGGCGCGCCUCCGCGACGCGUACGUGCGGGGCAUGCUCCGCCUCGCGUCCUCCGCCGCCGUCGCCGGCGGCGGCUCCGCUCUGUACGGCGGCCCCGCCGGCGGCGCCGACCCCUUCGGGCGGCCGCGGCCGCUCAGGGAGUACGACGAGAAGGCGCUGGUGGAGAUCUACCGGUCCAUCCUCGCGCGCGGUGGCGGCGGCGGCGGCGGGGUCGUCCCCGUCGCCGGCGACGCCGCCGCGGUGGUCGCCGUGGCGCGGCUGCCCACGGUGGCGGGAGCGUGACCGCCGCCGGAUUUGGCGCGAAUCCGAAGCUUUGUCACGCUCUUUUUUUUUUCUUUUUUCUUCCCUUUUUCCCCUCUUAAUUUCUCUCAUGCAAGACUUGUGAUCCAGAAUUUUCGUACUGCUGUCCUAAUCGUGUCUGUUAAUUAAUCUUCUUUAAAUCUGGGGGCUGCAAUUUUGCAGUGUAUUAUUCGCACGUCUAAUUAUGCGAUACUGGGUUAAAUUAAUCUUCUUAACGGACAGC